UAGCGUUAACGAGUCGAGAACCGCUCUCAGACCCGUUCAGUCCGGUUCUCGAAUGAAUCAGACCUGGUUCGUGAACCGGCAACAACGAAAAGUCUGGUUCAGAAGAACUUAAGUUGUUGGCGGUCGGGUGUCAUUUUUGGUUUCUAGCUGACCCACCAAAGCAGUGGAGCUGGGGGUGACUUUUAGGACACAAGGCAGGCAGGCAGGGGCUUUUUACGAUGCUUUGCUAACGUGCGAGAGCCGGAGCUGAAAUCGAAAGCGAGAGAUGCGGUAGUUACUGGAAGGUACUCAUGUUAGCAUUCAAACACAUCAUGGAUAACAGCAAAUUUAGAGCCAUGUUACUAACGAUCUCUGAUAAACUUACUGAAGACAAUGUGACAAAUCUAAAGUUUUUGUGCCCGGAAAUCGGGAAGAAAAAGCUUGAGAAAAUCAACAAGGGGAUUGAUCUUUUCGAGUGCUUGAUCGAAAGAGCCGCAAUUGGGCCUGAUAACACUGAACUUCUGCGAAGACAUCUGAACCAGAUCGGCCAGACAGUUCUUCUGAACAUAAUAGAUGAUUAUGAGAGAGGAGUUACAGGAAGCCCUCCUGAUGUACCAGACCCAGAAGCGCGAGAAAAAAUAAACAUUGCAACUGAAGUAAUUGUUGAACAUUUGGGUAAAAAGUGGCGUCAAUUUGGAAGAAAGCUUGGACUUCAGGACACUCAGCUGGAAGGCAUACAGGAGAAGCACAGCCGUGACCUGGAGGAGCAGGUGAGGGAGCUCAUCAAACAGUGGAUGAAGAUGAGGAGAGAAAACGCCAGAGUGGAGGAUCUCAUUAAAGCUCUGCGGGACUGCAAACAGAACCUCACUGCUGAUCUUGUGGAGAAAAACCUCAAAGAGCUCGGUGCGCAUUGAAAAUCACCAUCAUUCUAUUAUGAAACGACAGAUUUCUGAGAUUAAUAAUGUGAAUUUCUUUAUGAAGAGCCGAUGAUCAGAAUUCAAUUGUGUUUACAGAUCUUUUUGAAUUAAUUGUACACAGCUUUGUUAAAUAUUGAUUGGAUGAAAUGUGUUCGAUAAUAUAUUUUACAUUUGUAAUGAUAUGAUCUUAGACAUAUUAUUCUCAUUCACCUUUGCAAAACAAGGAUUUUUCCGUUUUUGGUGAACAUACUCCUAAAACAACACUGUUCUUCUGUUUGCUGAUUUUGUCAAAGGAAUAAAGGGACUAUGAUGUGGGAUUGAUCGCUGUACCUCAUAACAGGCCUUUCAACUGUUUGAUAAAGCACAUUUGGAGUCAUAACUUUUUCUUAUUCUAUACUUCAUGGUAUAGAAAUGCUAAAUCCCAAGAUUUAAAUACGGUAGUGUACAGAUUGAAGUUCAUUUCUCAGAAGAGUUCAGUGCUCACCGUCAAGCUGCCUCACAGAGGCAUGUGUUCAACAUGUUUCAGCAUGGCACGUCUCCUCAGCUCCACCAGAAAGAUUUCUGGAGAUUGCAUUAUUUGGGAACUGUUUAUUUUGACUCUUGUCCCAGUUGUACAGGUGGUUUCCCAAAAGCAGCCUAAAUGGCUUGUAUAGGGAACACUACAGUCUGCUUAAGGUUUGGAUUACACUACAUUUAAAAAAAAAAUCUGAAUAAAUAUUAAAACUAGGAAUCAUGCAUAUGCUGAAAACAUCCUCAUACGCUAAACAACUGAACACAACAAACUCGCACAGAAGCACAAGUCGUUGCUGGGAGACAAAUGAAAACAAUAAAUAUUUUAAAACAGGCUUGAAAUGUUAUGUUUGAUAUUCUCCGACUGGAGAAGUCCAACAACAACCAAAAAAAAAAUCAGAAUCUGUCCAUCAUAAACAUGAUUUUCAGUGAAAUCUGUCAACUCAGACGGUCCAAAAGCUGUAGACUGGCUCUGACUUUUGGCAACUAGCUUUGACUCCAAUAAUUCAUUCAGCGUUUAGGUUUAUGAUGCUUUUGGGCUGAGCUCAAAUUUAUUAUGGUUCCUAAACACUGUUCAUGCAAGAGUACUUCAUAGAUUUUAUGAUGCUGUUGACCAGUGACGUGUACGUCUAUGCACGUGCACAGCAAUGGUAAUCUUUAAUAUCUAGAAUUACAAUAAAUUUGGUAGUAACCCCUAAAUUUUAAAAUGCAACAAAAUUUGCAAUGCAGCAGUUUGAGCUCCAUUGCCUUCUCCUUUUAAAAAUUAUAUGGUUAUUUUAGUAUAGAAGAUUUUUUAUAAAUACCACCAUCCAUGUUUUUUUACCACGAUUCACCUAUCACCUUUCAACUUUUUACGAUUUAUUUUUGCAGUCCAAAUACUUCUAGAAGUGGAUUAUUAAUAUGAGGUCAUAAAAAUGGCAUGCAUAAUUAUAAAAUAUUUAGAAAAUAAAAAUGUAAAAUUGUUUUUGAUAGUUGUAAUACUGCAUGGCUACUUGAAAUGUCACAUCAGCUACCCCGUAACCACCUGAUGAUA